GCUGCGUGUGUGUGGAGUAGUUCAGUAUCCGCGCGGCCUUCACGCUGUUUGCAUACAUUUAUCAGUCUCUAGCGUAAAUAUCUACUAUUUUAAAACGUAAAUGGCCUCCGGAGCCGAGCGAGCGGAGCCUGGAGACAGUGAACAGGAUGAAGAAGAUGUAUAUGAAGUGGAGAGGAUUAUUGACGUGAGGGUGGUUGAGGGAGAGGUGCUGUACCGGGUGCGAUGGAGGAACUAUUCAUCAGAUGAUGACACCUGGGAGCCCGAGGCGCACUUGGACGACUGCAGGGAGGUGUUGCUGGCUUAUAAGAAGGCCCUAGCUGAGAUCAAGCCAAAAAAAGACACUGUCAUGAAGCUGCCCAUGAAGAGUGAUUUGUUUGAUGCUGACUCGGAGAGUGACAGUGAUAAGGAUAAACCCAAAGAUUUGCCUAUUAAGAAGAAGAAAAAUAAGAUAGUGGAGGAAUCAGAAGAUGAGAUGGCCGAGAAGGAAAAGAAGAAAAAGAAAAAGGAGAAAUGGAAGGAUGACAAACCUCUGCCAGCACCUGAAUCAGAUGAAGAGGAGGACAGCAGGGAACCUUUCCCGGUAGCUCCAAAAAAAGAAACAAAGAAGAGGCUCAUUGAAUCGGAUGAAGAAGAUGCCCCAGUUACUCCUAAGAAACAAAAGAAGGGCGAAAAGGCUAAAGAUGGAAUAAAGCAAAAGAAAGAGAUUGUGGAGGACCGAAAGAAAAAGAAAGUCAAGUCCAGAAAAGAGAUUGAAUCCUCAGAUGAAGAGGGUGAUAAGAGUGAUGAGUCCCUCACGGAUGAUCCGACAAACGCGGAACCUCCUAAUUAUUCCUCGAUAAACAAAGCCAUGGACAAAUCUGCACGAAAUGAGAGUGGGGUGGAUCCCAAGCAGGCCAAGACGAAAAAGGGGAAGUCUGAUAUGAAGCUGCAAGGUUUCAAAGACCUGGUUCAUGAGAAGAAGCCUAAAAAAGAGGUCUCAAUUGCCACACUCAAAGAGGGUGGUUUAAAUAAGCUCAAGAGCCUCACGAGUGGCAAGAGUACCAGCAAGUCUUCUCGCAGUGAUGAGGAGCCUGACUCCAGCGACACCGGUGCAGCGACAUCCGCACCAAAGACAAAGGUCAAGAGCAAAGGGCAGGAAACAACCCCACCUUCUCAGAGGCUCUCAUCUGCAUCUUCCUCCUCCUCUUCCUCUACAUCAUCAGUGGCCCUAACCAAGUCCAAAGAGGAAGAGCCAAAGGAAGAGGGUGGGGAGAAGGGGGGUUCCUCCACUAACCUGUUUGAAAAGUUCCUGCUGAACUGUGAGGCGAAAGAUCGUGCACCAAGGAGACAAGCAGAACAGAACAAGAAUGCAACUCCAAAGGCUGCAGGGAAAAUUGACAAGAAAUCGAAAUUAUCAAAGCAGUCUCCUGCACGAAAACCUGAGCCAGAGAAGACAAAAGAGGUGCCACGACCCGGUCAGAGUCCCGUCUCCAUGGAGACAGAUGAGAAACAGUGGGCAUCCGAGACAGAGAAAAGUUACAAAUCUGAUGAGCCACCUCCCAAGUCAAAGGAGGAAUUACUUCGGGAGCAGAGAGAGGAAGAGCAAAGGAAGAGGAAGGAAAAGUUGGAAGAAGAAGAGAGAAAGAGGAAAGAAAGGAUUGAAGAAGAGGAGAGAAAGAAGAAAGAAAGAAAAGAAGAAGCCCAACGGGAGAGAAAAGCACGGAUGGAGGAGGCACAGAGACUUGCAGAGGAAGCCAGGCAAGAACGCCUGGAAAGGAAGAACAUGACUGAGCCAUUGGCUUCUCCUGACUCCACAGAAGAGUCUAGAUGGAAGGAUAAGAGGAGGAGAAGGAGGGAGGAAAGUGAAUCAAGGCUCUUCAUUGCCUGCGAUGACAAUCAGGACUCUCAGGAGCACAUGGAGCGCUCAGACAAAACUGACAGGGGACCACCUUCUCUUAAUCUUGGGGUGGAGCUGAAGCUUGACUGGAUGACACUGGAGGACUUUCAGAAACACUUGAAUGGAGAGGAUGAGAAUCUCUCUCCACUAGCCUUAACUCCUACUGAACUGCGAGAAGCAGUGAAAAAUGGGAAUUAUCUGGCGGUGAAACGUGCACUUAGUUCCAAGGAGGACUACAAUCUGGACCAGGAGGACUCUAGUGGGAUGUCCUUAACGCUGCUGGCUGCUGCAGGAGGUCAGGAUGACAUCCUCAGGCUUCUCAUUAAGAAAGGAGUGAAGGUCAACGCCAGGCAGAAGAACGGCACCACUGCCCUGAUGCAUGCUGCAGAUAAGAGCUUCUUGACAACAGUAGCCAUUCUUUUGGAGGCUGGAGCUUCCGUAAAUGCCCAAACUCAGGCUGGAGAGACGGCUCUUAUGAAGGCUUGUAAGAGGGGAAAUGCAGAUGUAGUGCGCCUCCUGCUGGAAAAUGGGGCUGACUGCAACAUCAUGUCUAAAUACAAGAACACUGCCUUUUACUAUGCCAAACUUAGUAACAAUCUGAUGGUGCGGGAUCUCAUCAAAGACCACAUGCAAACGUUAUCAACUGUGGCAGAGGAGACAAUCAGAGCUUACUUUGAAACACGACUGGCCCUGCUGGAACCUGUAUUUCCUCUGGCCUGCCACAGACUGUGUGAGGGGCCAGACUUUUCACUGGAGUUCAACUACAAACCCUCUCAACACACACCUGGAGAAGGAUCUGGCAUCCUGCUGUUUAUCUUCCAUGCAAACUUCCUUAAUGAGAUCACAGCUAGACUCUGCGGACCAUGUAGUGUUCAUGCUGUCGUUCUGAAUGACAAGUUUCAGCUGCCAAUCUUCUUGGACAGCCAUUUCAUCUACUCUUUCAGUCCUGUUCCAGGAGCCAAUAAACUGUUCAUCCGUCUGGCAGAGUCACCCACAGCUAAGGUUAAACUCCUCAUUUGUGCAUACAGAGUCCAGCUACAUUGAUGCCUCCACCCCAAAUCGAAGGUUACUGCAGAAGCUCUGCCUCUCCAAGAACUGAGACUUCUCCUACACUUGUAAACCAAGCAACAUGCAAUUUAAGUUUAGAAACAUUUUUGUUUUACUCUACAAAAAAAGAAAAGACUGAAAGACUAUAGUACUAACAAGUCAAUAACAACAAAUGCUAGUUUUACUUUAAAUGCAUGCUUGGUUAAGGGUUGCAAGUGUUCUCUGAUUUUAGAUAGUGACUGCAUUACAUGUGAGGUCAGUUUGAAAUGUGACAAAUUGGGCUUGUAUCUAAGAGCCAUUUGUAAAUCUUGUUUGUAAAGUGUUCCUUUUAUUUUUAUUAUUAUAAUUUUUUUUUUUAAAUUAGAUUCAUGUAUCAUUCAAGAUUAACACACUGUUCUGUUUUAUGUUUUGUGUGCUUAACUUGACCACACACUUGUCUGGUGUGCGUCUGUCUGCUUGCUAGUGCACAGUGAGAGAGUAAGUGCGAGACUGUGAGUGAGUGAACAGUUCUUGCUUGUGGGACCAUGACAAGACUGGACCCAUGUGUGACUUUUAAUACCAGAGUAGGUUCGUUCUAAACAUGCAAUCUUUUUUUCUGACAAUGUUCAGAUUUUUUAGUAGCCAGGAACUAAUGGUUUGAAUCCUAAAUUUGACAAAGUGGAGCCAUUACCAUGGAAGGAAUGUAUGAAUGUUUGGGUUGUAAGUCGUUUUAAGGGCUAGUGUGUCUGUGUCUGCAUUGGGAGGAGUCACACUGCUAAAAACCAUCUAAGUAGGAGUGAUGCAUGUUUCUUUAAUGCUGAUUUUGGAAAAUUAAAGAACCUGACUUUUUAUCAAAUUUGUGGACUAUUUGUAUCUGCAGGUUGUACACUGUAUAAAUCUGAUGUUUCAUCAGAUUUCACAUCACAGAGUUCAGUUUUGACAAAACCAUACAAUACCCAGCACAUAAGCUCAGGUCAUAUCGCUCACACAGGUCACAUGACUGUAGAUUUCAUAAACUAUGUAAAAUCAUUUAUGACUGAACUAAGAGUGAGAUUUGAACUGUGCAGCUGAUCUCUCUAGAAAGACAAUGCGUUUGAACCGUUACGAAGAGUUAUUUUAUUCUGUUUUUCAUGGGCUACCUUUCUUUGUCCCUCCUUUGUGCUGUUAAUAAAUUAGAGAAAGACUCCUCAUUUAUUCACUUCCUCUUUUGAUUACAGUAAAUAAACUGUACAUAUAUUUCCAUAAA